GUUUCACCAUCUUUCGGCUCCGCUUUUUCUUCCUCCCAACUCCCAAGUCCCAUCUUUCUUUAUUUCUUUUACUAUUUCAUUUUCUCUCUUUUUUUUUUUUCCUCUUCUUGACUCCCUCCUUCUCAGUCACUACUGAGUAGGGGUUUCUUACUUUCUUGGAACUUAGAUUCCUCCAUUAGUUCAUCAUUGAUUCAUUUUCCCCCUCUUUAGAUUUGAUUCUUCUUCGAUCCCCAUUAAUCCCAGAACCAAAAACCAAAAACCGAAAAAAAAAACCCAAAAAAAGAAAAAUUUGAAAUAAAAAAUCCAAAGCCCACAAAAAAAUGGAUUCCCAAGAUUCCUCCGCAGCACCGUCCCACCACCCCCAAUCUUUCCACCACCUCCAACAACACCACCAUCACCACCAUCAACCGCCACCUCCUUCCUCCAUUUUAGUAUCCCAGCACCAACCCAACUCCUACCCUCUUCAAUCCAACCCCACCGCUAAUAGUAACAGUAUUAUGCAGCAACAGCAGCAGAACCCCCCGCGAUUCCCGUUUAACUCGUCGAUGGUGAGUUCGUCCGGGCCCGGGCCCGGACCGAAGCCGUUUUCAGACUAUGUAGAUGGUGGUGGGCAGUCGUCGCCGACCACUGGCGGUGGUACUGGGCCUGGGGGUGGGUUUAACAUUGAACCUGCUAAGAAGAAGAGAGGUAGGCCGAGGAAGUAUUCGCCUGAUGGGGCUGGUAGUAGCAUUGCUCUGGGGCUUUCGCCCACCCCUGUUACUCCGAUUUCCUCCGCCUCUAUCGUGGGCCUCGCGGAUUCUGGUGGCGGCGGCGGUGGCGGGACCCUUUCAUCUGAGACUCCGGCUAAGAAGCACCGUGGCCGUCCCCCUGGCUCUGGAAAGAGACAGCUUGAUGCUUUAGGAGCUGCAGGAGUUGGGUUUACGCCGCAUGUUAUUACAGUGAAAGCUGGCGAGGAUAUAGCAUCGAAGAUCAUGGCUUUUUCACAGCAAGGGCCACGUACUGUUUGUAUCCUAUCUGCAAAUGGUGCCAUCUGCAAUGUGACCCUUAGACAACCAGCAAUGUCUGGUGGCACUGUGACAUAUGAGGGUCGAUUUGAGAUUAUCUCAUUAUCAGGUUCCUUCUUGCUAUCUGAAAAUAAUGGUAGCCGCAGUAGAACUGGAGGUUUGAGCGUGUCCUUGGCAGGGUCAGACGGCAGAGUCUUGGGUGGUGGAGUUGCAGGAAUGCUUAUGGCUGCUACACCUGUACAGGUGGUUGUUGGUAGCUUCAUUGCAGAUGGGAAAAAGCCAAAAGGCUCAACUGUUGCACCAGCCCCAGGCAUGUUGAGUUUUGGUAAUCCAGUUAUAGGAGCCAGUCCUCCCUCCCAGGGUGCAUCCAGUGAUUCAUCAGACGACAAUGGUAGUCCGCUUAAUCGUAGCUCAGGGCCUUACAAUAAUGCCCAAACAAUCCAAAACAUUCCAAUGUACACAAACAUGGGCUGGCCAAACUCCACUGUCAAGAUGCAUCCAAAUUGACAUCAUGUUUCUUGGGCUCUUGACUUGUUUAGUUGAUGCGCCAAGGUUAGAGAUUGACUAAAAUGCUAACAGGCAGAUUAUAGGGCUUUUGUUUCCUUUUCCUAGACUUCUCCUCUUCCCCAACCUUUCAUAGUCUUUCAUUUUUUUGUUCUGUCCAUGUUUAGUUUGCUCCUGUCAGAGAUCUGGAUAUGGCUGGCCAGCCGAGGCAUAAUUUAUUUGCCACCCCUGUUCUCAGAAUGUGUUGGUUUUCUGCCAUGAUAUUUAAUUUCUGUUAACCUAACUGGCUUAUUUGUAA